AUCAACAACCGCAAAGAUGCUGAUCCCAAAGGCCGACCGCAAGCUCAUCCACGAGUACCUCUUCCGCGAGGGUGUUCUCGUUGCGAAGAAGGACUUCAACCAGCCAAAGCACGGCGAGAUUGACACCAAGAACCUCUUCGUCAUCAAGGCUUGCCAGUCCCUCACCUCGCGCGGCUACCUCAAGACCCAGUUCUCCUGGCAAUGGUACUACUACACCCUCACUCCCGAGGGUCUCGACUACCUCCGCGAGUGGCUCCACCUCCCCGCCGAGAUCGUUCCGCAAACCCACGUCAAGCAGCAGCGCUCGCACGCGCCUCCCCGUGGCAUGCUCGGAGCCGAUGGCGAGCGUGAGCGCCGUCCAGGUGGCCGUGGUGGUCCCCGUGGUGAUCGCGAGGGUGGAUACCGCCGCCGCGAGUUUGGCGACAACAAGGAGGGUGGAUCCGGUGCUCCCGGCAGCUUCAACCCAGAGUUCCGUGGCGAGCAGCGCGGUGGUUUCGGUCGUGGUCGUGGUGCUCCACCAGCUUCGUCCUAGGAAGACAGCGGCUGGGGUACGGCGGAUACCAACACCGGAGCUGACGCUGGAGGCGCGAAGUCGUGGGAGGAGAACACCACCCAGGCUGAGGCGGCGCCUGCUGCUGGUUCGUGGUAAACAAGUUCGAAGUGGCUACAAGGCCUGCACAUCAUGAGGAUGCAUAGCGGCAAAGAGAUUCUGAUUAGGCAUUGGACUCGGCUCAACUCCUUAUAAGCAAGAAAAACCAGUCCGCCUGGGCGUUCAUUG